CUUACUUAGCUACAAAUUUAAAUACUAGGCCAUUAAAUUUUUGCUAGUAAAAUCAUGGGAAUUUUAGCAAUUAAUAAGCAUGAAAAAAUUGUUACGCUCAAAUAUUUUGUGAUGGUUGUUCUUAUGGUGUGCCCUAGUGCUUAUGCUAGAGGUCGAUUUAGUGAUGAAUUUGAGCCUACUUUUGGUGGUAAUAGAGUUCGGGUUUGGGGCCGGACCAACCAGCUCCUUUCGUUGUCCUUAGACAAGUAUUCCGGAUCUGGAUUCCGGUCUAAGAAAGAAUACUUGUAUGGAAGGGUCGAUAUGCAAGUGAAACUUGUUGGUGGUAACUCUGCUGGCACCGUUACUACUCUUUAUUUAACAUCGGAUCAAAGCACGGGUACACACGACGAGAUCGAUUUCGAGUUCUUGGGGAAUGUUAGUGGCCACCCUUACACCUUGCACACUAAUGUGUUCAGCCAUGGGAAAGGCAACAGGGAGCAACAAUUCCACCUUUGGUUUGACCCAACCGCGAACUUCCAUACUUAUUCCUUUGUUUGGAACCCAAAACUCAUCAUGUUCUUGGUCGAUGAAACACCAAUAAGGGUAUUUAGAAACUAUGAGAAUCAUGGAGUUGCAUUUCCAAAGAAUCAACCCAUGAGAAUAUGCUCAAGCCUAUGGAAUGCAGAUGAUUGGGCUACACAAGGUGGAUUAGUAAAAGCAGAUUGGUCCAAGGCCCCAUUCACGGCCUACUUUCGUAACUUCAAUAUUGAUGCUUGUGUUGGGCCGAUUGGAGCCCAUUCCUCUUGCGUAACUGGCCCAACAACCUUUGCCCACUCUCGAGGGCCAACCUAUAGAAAGCCUGCACGUGGCUCAUGGAGGAACCACGAUCUUGAUGCUAGAUCAAGGAAUAGAAUGAGGUGGGUCCAGAAGCAUUUCAUGGUUUAUGAUUAUUGCAAAGAUUGGAAGCGAUUCUCGUCUCAAGGUUACCCUCCUGAAUGCAAGCACUAAUCAAGACUUUCAUUUGAUUUGAUGAAAAACAUUCUUAAUGAACAAAGAUUAUGUAAUCAAAUUUAUUCUUUACCAAUAAACUCAAAUUGAUGUGUGAAUGUUGAUUACUCCGUAAUUUAGUUGGUUAAAGUACGUAUUGAAAAAAUUGAAUAUCUUACAACAAUAAAUAACAUCGAUUUAAUGUUACAAGUUACUACUACAUGUAAUGAGGUAAACACGGGACAUAUAAGUCACUCGUCAUUUCAAUUUGUUUCACAUUUACUCUUUGGUACACAAAGUUUUGUUAUCAAUGACUACGCAAUCAA